AUGGGAAGGUAAAAUUAAAUUGGUGCAAUGGGUACAUCAGGCUUAGGCUCUGCUUUAGCAAAUUGCAUUAAUCUCUAAAAUUUGAUACUCUACCUUUAGUCAAAUUAAAUUAGUGAUGAAGGUACAUCAGGCUUAGGCUCUGCUUUAGCAAAUUGCAUUAAUCUCUCAAAUUUGACACUGAACCUUGGUGACAAUUAAAUUGGUGAUAAAGGUACAUCAGGCUUAGGCUCUGCUUUAGCAAAUUGUAUUAAUCUCUCAAAUUUGACACUUGACCUUUAGAUCAAUUAAAUUGGUGCAAUUGGUAUAACAAGCUUAGGUUCUGCUUUAGUAAAUUGCAUUAAUCUCUCAAAUUUGACACUUAACCUUGGUGACAAUUAAAUUGGUGAUGAUGGUGCAUCAGGCUUAGGCUUCGCUUUAGCAAAUUGCAUUAAUCUCUCAAAUUUGACAAUUAACCUUAGGGAAAAUUAAAUUGGUGAAAUGGGUGCAUCAGGUUUAGGCUCUGCUUUAGCAAAUUGCAUUAAUCUCUCAAAUUUGGCACUAGACCUUUAGUAAAAUUAAAUUGGUGCAAUUGGUGCAUAAUGCUUAGGCUCUGGUUUAGCAAAUUGCAUUAAUCUCUCAAAGUUGAGACUCUACCUUUUUUUCAAUUAAAUUGGCUCAAUAGGUGGAUCAGGCUUAUGUUCUGCUUUAGCAAAUUGCAUUAAUCUUUCAAAUUUGACACUUGAACUAUAUGACAAUUAAAUUGGUGAUUAAGGUACAUCAGGCAUAGGCUCUGCUUUAGCAAAUUGCAUUAAUCUCUCAAAUUUAACGCUUGACUUUUAUUACAAUUAAAUUGGUGAAAUGGGUGCAUCAGGCUUAGGCUCUGCUUUAGCAAAUUACAUAAAUCUCUCAAAUUUGACACUUAAACUAGAGUAAAAUUAAAUUGGCGCAAUUGGUGCAUCAGGCUUAGGCUCUGCUUUAGCAAAUUGCAUUAAUCUCUCAAAUUUGAUACUUAACCUUAGGUCAAAUUAAAUUGGUGAUGAAGGUACAUCAGGCUUAGGAUUUGCUUUAGCAAAUUGCAUUAAUCUCUCAAAUUUGACACUUAAUCUUAGUGAAAAUUAAAUUGGUGUAAUAGGUUAAUCAAACUUAGGUUCUGCUUUAACAAAUUACAUUAAUCUCUCAAAUUUGACACUUAACCUUAGUUAAAAUUAAAUUGAUGAAAUGAGUGCAUCAGGCUUAGGCUCUGCUUUAGCAAAUUGCAAUAAACUCUCAAAUUUGACACUUCACCUUAGCUCUUGA